UGAAACACCGACAAGUCUGCAACCAGACCUCCCGCCUGUGCACCUGUCCGAGAUUCGCAUUCAAGGCGUUCGGACGAGGUGAAUGCAGAAUGCAGUCAACGAUCUUUCUGUACAUCGAGCUUAACUAGAUGCGUUCCGCAUUAGAUCAAGUUAUAGUCGAUGUUGACGUCGCGAGUACUUCGAUGAUGCCCCCGAAUUUCGAAAAGUUCCGGAAAGAAGUGAGACUCUUCGUGAACAUUUCCCCGCACCAUGUCCUUCUGGAUCCGCUCCGGAUUCGAAUCUUUGUCGAUGCCAAACUCUUCGAGGAGUCUUGGAAUUCGUCCGGAUUGGAAUACGUCCUCGGUAAGGCGGCCGGAAACGCAGCGGCAACUCGAGCCACGGUCCUCACCAGAGUUUGCAAGUAUGAGGAUAGUAACCCAUGUCCAGAGAAUUCACUUUGUCUGGUGCGAAGAGACAGGUACGAUUUCUCAUGCAUUUGUAAAUUCGGAUUCUCCAAUUCUUCGAACCAUCUCGGACUGGUCUGCAGCAGGCGACGCCUGUGCCUCGACGAGGGAACCGACUCCCCAGCGACGUCUGGCUGCGAGUGCCCCGCUUACUUCGCCGGAGAAUAUUGCCAGAUCAACGUUUCUCGUCUGGCUCUCACGACGCUCAUGCUGGGCAUCAUGGUGCUGAUGAUCCUUAGGAACUUACGUGACUGUCUGAGCAACUUCAAACGACAGCCUCGGCAAGCUACGAAGGUUGAGGCUAUCAUCGAUGAAAUCGUUGAAGAUGGCCAGAUAAAGAGGAAGACAACGUAUUCGCAUAUCCACAAGAGGUCUGUGAUCGUCUGA